ACAAAGAUAACGGUUCCCUUUCUCUGUAAAAAUCUUAACGAGAAAAGUACCAUAACACUCUCUCUCUCUCUCUGAUUUCUCUGUGUUUGUUCUUCUAUCUAUGGUGGGAACUAGCCCUAAUUCGAUUCUCACCCUGACGUGGUGGGACAAAACCCUAGCCGCAAAUUUCUGUCCUGUUAUUCUCUGAUGGCCUCCAUGGACUCGGAAAAGCUCUUAGUUAACAGAGAAAACCUAAGGAACCAAUCGGUGGCGAGGGCAAUGGCCAACGAGCUCGCGCCACAAAAGUCACCCCAAACGAUUCUUGAUCGCUUCAGGUCUCUGCUAAAGCAGCGCGACGAUGAGUUUAGGAACUCGGCCGUAGACGAUGCUGUCUCUCCGCCGAGGGCCGAGGAAAUCGUUCAGCUUUACGAUCUCUUCUUGUCGGAACUAACGUUUAAUUCGAAGCCCAUUAUCACGGAUCUCACUAUAAUCGCCGGCGAGCAUAAGCAACUCGGCAAGGGCAUCGCCGACGCCAUUUGCGCUCGGAUUCUCGAGGUCCCAGUCGAGCAAAAGCUGCCUUUAUUAUAUCUUUUAGACAGUAUUGUUAAGAAUAUUGGCCGGGAUUAUGUUACGUACUUCUCUUCUCGACUGCCAGAGGUUUUUUGCGAGGCAUACAGGCAAGUUCACCCUAAUCAGCAUAAUUCCAUGCGCCAUCUCUUUGGCACCUGGUCAGCAGUAUUCCCACCUUCUGUCCUACAUAAAAUUGAGGUACAACUGCAAUUUUCUCCUUCGGUAAACCAGCAAUCAUCUGGCUUGAAUCCCUUGAGAGCUUCAGAAUCUCCUCGACCAAGCCAUGGCAUACAUGUUAAUCCAAAGUAUCUGCGGCAGUUUGAACAUUCAGCUGUGGACAGUAAUAUCCAGCAAGCUAGAGGAACUUCAGCUGUAAAAAUGUUUGGUAAAAAACCUGCCAUUGGAUUUGAUGAGUUUGAUUCUGGUCAGGCAGAGCUUGUACCCUCCCAGGUUGGAGCUGAAAGAUUGAGCUCAACAGGAAAUGCAGGUAAUGCCCCUUUUGCCUUUGGGGCUAAUAAGGUGCGUCCACCUUCAACCAUCAGACUCGGGAGACCCUCUUCGCCAUCAAGAACCAGGCCUGAUAGGUCCUUGUCGUUGGCAGUUGAAGAAUUUGCUGCAGACCAUUCUCCUAGAAGGUUUGUUGGUGGGGGCUCUCCAGCGCAUCCCGUAUAUGAGUAUGGACUAAGUAGAGCAACUGCUAGAGAUGAGGAAAUGAGUGGCCGGCAGAGAAAACAUUAUUCCGAUAAUAAGCAUAACCACUUUGAAACUAAAAUACUACACAACCUUAGUAACGAACGUGAGCACCAAGGACCAAGAGCUCUAAUUGAUGCCUAUGGAAAUGACACAGGGAAGAGAUCUUUUAACAAUAAGCCUCUGCAGGGUCAACGCCUUGACUUAAACAGUAUAGACAAUAAGGUUGCUACACCAUCAUGGCAGAAUACUGAAGAGGAAGAGUUUGAUUGGGAAGAUAUGAGCCCCACUUUAGCAGACAGUAAUAGGAGUAAUGAUUUCUUGCCAAGGACAAGGCCUGGUAUUGGAGUACAGAGUGCUUCCCCUCUGAAUGCUGGUCAGGCUCAUCUUCCUGCAGUGGAUGAUUCUUCUGUUAAUGCUGAAGAUUCAGUCCCCUUACUAAGUCAGUUCGGUCGUGGAUCAAUGAGGAAGAUAUCUGGAUUCCAAGCUGAGAGAAAUCAGAUUCUUGAUCCUCGCUAUCCUCAUGAGGCCUGGAAUUUGCCUCCCCAUCUCUCCAAAGGAAGAGGAAGGAAUUACAAUUUGCCCUUAUUGGCAAGUCGUAUAUCUUCAUCAGAUGGUGACAAAAUGCCCUCUCUUAUUGAUAAACUUCCCGAUGCCGACCCACAACUUCAUGGACCUCCAACUAUUAUAUCAAGAUUUGGUUCUUCCAAUCUUGAUUCUAUUGGUGUUGAGGCUCGGUCGACUGUUCUACCAGCAUCUAGGGGUGUAAGGCCUUCUCUAAAUGUGCAUAACUCUCGCCCACCAUACCUGCAGCAUAUUUUUCCACAGCAGAGAGUGAUGGGGGGCCAAUUUGAGUCAAUAAACACUAGCAAUGCUGUCAAUAAUCUUGGUCCCAAUGGGUCUUUACAUAUGCCCGAGCUGCAGUCGGAUGGUUUUAGAAACAGGGAGCUGAGUUCUACAAAGCUGCCACAACUGCCUAAUCAGCAUCGAGGACUAAUUCAUGUGAAUCAGCGAAACCAGGUUCAAGGCACUCCUUUACAGCCACAAUUUCUUCCAUCUCAGGAGGCACAUCCAUCUUUAGCAGCUGUAGUGCAACCUCAUUUAGUGGCACCACCUUAUAAUCGUGGAUACAGCCCACAAAUGCAUGGUUCCACUGUUAGCACAGUUCUGUCAAAUCCUGUAACUGGUAUUCAGUUGAUGUUACCCGUUCAAAACAUCCCAAGCUCAUUACAUUUACAGGGGGGAGCCUUGCCUCCUUUACCUCCUGGUGCCCCUCCGACUUCGUCACAUAUGAUACCUUUCACACAAAAUGCAGUUCCUGCUGUCGCUAAUCAACAGACGAACAUUUCUGGAUUGAUUGGUUCUCUCAUGGCUCAGGGUUUUAUCUCAUUGACCAAACAGACCCCUAUACAGGAUUCUGUAGGAGUUGAGUUCAAUGUGGACCUUCUCAAGGUGCGUCAUGAGACUGCAAUAAGUUCCCUGUACGCCGACCUCCCAAGACAAUGCACAACCUGUGGCCUUCGAUUCAAGUGCCAAGAAGAGCACAGUCGUCAUAUGGAUUGGCAUGUAACCAAGAAUCGUAUGUCCAAGAACCGUAAGCAGAAGCCUUCUCGCAAGUGGUUUGUAAGUUCAAGCAUGUGGCUCAGUGGUGCGGAGGCAUUAGGAACUGAAGCAGUUCCUGGGUUUUUGCCUACUGAGAUCAUUGUAGAGAAGAAGGAUGAUGAAGAAAUGGCUGUUCCUGCCGACGAGGAUCAGAAUGCAUGUGCAUUAUGUGGAGAGCCUUUUGAUGAUUUUUACAGUGACGAGACAGAAGAGUGGAUGUACAAGGGGGCUGUAUACUUAAAUGCGCCCUGUGGCUCGACAGCAGGCAUGGAUAGGUCUCAGUUAGGUCCUAUAGUGCAUGCUAAGUGUCGGUCUGAAUCUAGUGCGGUUUCUACAGAAGGUUUUAGACAAGACGAAGGGGGAAUUACUGCAGAGGGUAGUCAGAGCAAACGAAUGCGGCUUAGUUAGAUCAACUUCUUUGUUGUCUGUAACUUAAUGUGAUUUUCUUCAUGUCAACGGUAUGCUCUUAACUUACUUUUACAGUAGCAUUGGAGCUUCUUGGCUUCAUGCCAGAAUGUUGUACAUGUAUAGGUGAACUUGAACCAUGCAAAAUUAUCUUGCAGCAGAGGUUACAAUUUCUUGUGUGUUUA